AUGAAUAUCUGUAGUGCGUACGUGCCACAAGGAGGCCUAGACGAGGAGGAAAAGAAGAGAUUUUUGGAGGUUUUGAAUGAGGUAGUAAAAGGCGUGCCUAGUUCAGAGAUUAUUUUCAUAGGAGGGGAUUUUAAUAGGCACAUCGGGUCUCUGCCGAUGGGUUAUGAUGAUGUGCAUGGAGGUUUUGUAUUCAGGGAUAAGAAUGUUGAGGGAGCUGCUCUUUUAGAUUUUACGAGGGCCUUUGGGUUAGUGGUAGUGAAUUCCAGCUUUCCAAAGAAGGAUGAGUAUCUGGGGUUAGAAGAGAAAGGCAGGGAAAAGAGGUUGUUUAAGCUUGCUAAGGCUAAGGAGCGGAAGGGUCUGGAUUUGGAUCAAGUUAAGUGUAUUAAGGGGGAAAAUGGCAGAGUAUUGGUAGAGGACGCCUUCAUUAAGAAAAGAUGGCAGUCAUAUUUUCAUAAGCUCUUAAAUGAUGAGAGGGAUAGAGGUGUUGUUCUAGGGAAGUUGGAGCACACCGAGGAGUGUCAUGAUUUCGUCUAUUAUAGGCAUUUUAAAGUAAAGGAGGUCAGCGAGGCUAUUCGCAAGAUGUGA